AUGCCGGCAGACUCUGCCCAAAAUGCACGCGCUGGCUGUUUCAGCGUGCUGCUCUCCUGCGCCUGUUGCUUGGUCGCCGCCCAGUGCUCGAUGCUCAACACAGCAGCGCGGCUGCGGCGAAGUGGGGACGACGAAGGAUCCUGGCUCCGAUGUGUGGCCAUCGACUUUGCUUCAGGUCUGAACGCCGGCUGGCUUGCUGCAGCCACCGGUAUUGGCAUUUGGCAGGCCCUUGACCUCUUCCCAUCAGGUAGCCGGAUCUCUCCGAUGUUCAGCAAUGGCUUGGUCUACGCCGUGUCCUUCUACAGUCUCUUCGCCUCUUCUGUACUUGGCGGGAAGCCAGUGCAGGGUUUCGGUGUCGGCUACGCCUUGGCAACGAUGUGGGCUCUG